AUGACCUCGUAUUUCUCAUCCCUGACGUCCUCAUCGGCGAUCUCGAAUCUGGGGACGCGGUUGAACUCGCUCCGACGUGCCAUCACCCUCGGCGACGAGGGCGACGACCCCGAUCACGAAGAUUGCUCCCACAUCUCCAACGUCCUCCGUGCGUACUAUACCGAGAAGGGCCGUCCGUUUCCCUCCUGGCUCCCACCGGACCCCAAAGCGCCCCAGCCCUCGCCGGCCCGCACCAUCGCGACCUCGCAGAUUCAACCCGGCACCUAUGGAAGUGCCCCUGGGGCGUCGGCGUACGGACGCAACAGCGGAGGCGGCCUAGGUGACCUCUGGGGAGACUCGGGAGCAGCCCAACCACCCGCUGCGCAGACGGCCAGCCUGCGACGAGGACGAGGGAACCCUGGCAGUGUGGGCAGUGCCCCUCCUUUGACCACUGCCAAAAGCGCACCCCACACUCCGAUGGAGUCGCCGCCGAUGCAGUCGGGAUCACCAUCGCUGCACCCCGCCGGAGCACGACCGCUGCCUAGCCAGCGGGCCGGAUCCUACCAGACGGUCUCGGGAGGAUUGCCCGGCACUCAGCCGCUGGAACGAGCUGCAUCGGCCCAGGAGCGACUUCGCGCGAGAUUACACGGCGGCCGAUCCCCCAGCCCAGGUCAGGCUCCGGGCAAUCGGCCGGGCUCGCCGUACUAUGGAGGUGAUCCCAGUGCGCGGAAGCCAGUUGGGUUGUCGGGGCGGCGGUGA